CCCCCUCGUAUUGAGGUCCGAGUGGUAGAGUCCGAGCCAGGUUUGGCGGGAACUAAAGACGCGGGCUCCUCCGACAGCAGGUUCCGACAUCAGAUUCCCACCAAGAAGAAGAAGAAGCGAUGGGCUCCAGCGACUCGCCACCUCCAGAGCGGCAGCAUGCUUGGUUGGUCGACGACGGGACGACUCGGGACCCCCGAGAUGCGCGGGACGCCCAAUUUGCGCAGGGGGACCCUGUUAAGAAGCGGGACGCUGUCGAGACGCGGGACCCGGACCUCGCCCUCAGGAGCCCCGUACGCCCCGAGCGGGGGACCCGCGACAACUCCAGGCGCAGCAGCCGCGACUCACACGGACGGAGACCCGAGCACCCAUCUCAGAGUCGUGGCUCGCGACUCGAGCGGAGACGAUUUCCCGAGGACGAUGAGACGCAGACACGGAGACACAAGCCUCCGUCACGCUGCGCUGGCUCUGCACCGACAAUCUCCUCGUGUAAGCGUUCCUGCUCUGGCUUGAAUGACUGGGCCUCCGCUGUGGAGGACGAUGAGGACAGACGCUCACAGAUCCAGGGAGAGAUGAAGAGGGUUAAUGCAGAAGCACUGUUCAGCAAGGCCAGUGACAUGGAGACGGACGAGGAGGUGCUCGUGCGGCGCCAGAAGCAGAUCGACUACGGCAAAAACACGCUGGCGUACGAGAACUACGUGGAGGAGGUGCCGCGGCACCUGCGUGAGCCAGGCAAACACCCACGCACGCCCAACAAGUUCAAGAAGUACAGCCGACGCUCCUGGGACCAGCAGAUCCGGCUGUGGCGCCGGGCACUGCAUGCCUGGGACCCCGAGUCUACGGAGGGCGCAGACGACUCCCUGCAGCCCAUAGCUGAGCUGGCGCUGCAGGAUGGCUUGGACGAUCUGUGAUACGACGGUGGCGGUGGCGCUUGGUGGUAACUGCCGCAAGAGUUUCCGGAGUUUGCUCAUUUGCUACACGGUGGUGCGGGGAUCCAGCGACCCUUACACACGUCAAUCUUGGCACACACACAUGUGGACUCACAGUGACGAUUAGCAGGGUAGGCAGUACACACACAGGCACACACAUACUGGUGGCGUUCCAGUGUGCAGGAGGUGCAACUGCUUUGGUGCCAAUAGCCUGGAGUGUCCUAGGCGCUGGGGUACAGUGUGGUGAAACUGGACAGGGGGGGGCCCAUUUCAUUUGCACGAGGGCCAUGCCAACUGCGCUAUGCCAAUGUAUUGCAUAGAGACCCAUAGACUUACAUGGAUUUCCAUAGCAUUACAUGGAGACGCAAACUAACAGCGAUUUCAUUGACCUACAUGCACUUAAAUAGACCCAUAGACCAACAUGUACUUACAUCGGUGAUAUAGCUAUUAAGUGUGCAGGUUGUGUAGCUGCAUUGCUGAAUGAGUCCACGGACAGGAGGGGGGGCAGGUCCUGGGCUAUGAAGAGGGGGUAAUGUGAUAGGGACCCAACCCCCCUCUGACCUAUCGUUUGCCCGGUUUCCACGAGCAACAGAACCAGAUUGUGAACUCGAGUUGCCGCCCCAGCCAGCGUCACGUGUUUCCAUUAUCAUUACGCUACUUGAAAUGGCAGAAUAUUUUGUCUGCGGCCUGAAUUUCCAAGGCGGGUGUUGAUUUCCUGGGCUGGCCUAGAAUUCCCUGCGUCUGAUUUCGCUCAGAGAUCAGUGAAGUUGCCAAACACGUUACAAUAAAUAAUGUAGGGUGACAGGACCAUUCAAUUGUACAUUUAACGAUUUAAGUAAAUUUUGUUAGCAACCCAAUCUUGACCUUUGUUGCGCACAUUUCUGGGACAGGUGAUCUUGCAAGAAAAUUGAAGUAACUGCAGAUUGCGGAAUCCCCAAUUUAACCAAUUCGAGUUACCCUUGAACUCGAGUUCUGGGUGAGAAAUGAGGCCAACCCAAGUUGGUGGGCCUACAGAAACCUGAUGUUUGCUGGACACAAGCCUCAAAGUCGAAAUGUUUUCCUGGCCAAAUGAGUAUUGAAGUGGUGCUCGUCUCUCCUGUUUAUAGCUCUGAAACAUUGGUGGAAAAUCUGUAUUCCUUACCCGGGAAAUCCCCGUUAACUUCCCCACAACAUGAUAUAAAUUGAUUGUGAGACGCUUACUCGACUACUGAGCCACCUGGCCUGAUACCAGGACUUGAGGUCACGUGCAUACAUACACACACACGCGCGCGCGAGAGCCCACAGUGAAAAGAGUAAGUGGACCCCGUCACUCAGAGUUCCCUGUCCUCUGCCAGUUCUAUUCGCGUGGCCCCCAUGACCUCUGUGCCGACGUGGGUGGGCCUCCUGCCAUGUUCACUGGAUCCCUGCCAUGGACAUUCCCCUCCCCACCACUUGCCACGUUUGUUUUCCACUUGCCUCGUGUCUCAGGCAGCCGGCAUCGACACAAUCCCUCGCCGUUUAACAUUCGGAUGUUUUUAAUGUUGCGUGAGUGUCGUGGACGUGUGCGCACGUGACGGCUGCCUGGCGUCACUGCCAAAUUGUUUGAAAUAAAAAAAAGUUUCAAAAGUC